AUGGAUGACUUUCAGACGUCACCGCCACCGACUGCGGGGACGUCGCAAGCUGUAUACCUCGUGGUUCACGACAGGUCUGGCGAGGCGUUCGAAUGCGGGGGAAGCAUCGUAACCAAGCGCCACAUUCUCACCGCUGCGCACUGCCUCUAUCCGCGGAGAGUCCACGAACCACCUUCAAUAUACGACUGUCAGGGUUGUGCCGAACGAAAUGUGUUCGGCCGUCUACAGCUGGCAGGUGACUCCGGAGGGCCGGCCAUAUCUCUUGUCGGGGACCGCUACGUACAAGUGGGCAUUGUCUCUUUCGGUUACGGCUGCGCAAGAGAGAAUAUAUCGGGAGUGUACACGCGCGUCGAAGCGUUCACAUCGUGGAUAAAACAUGAGGUGGGUUCCUUCGACAACGCCUACUCGAGCGCAGUGCCCCUGCAGCUGGCUUCGUACACCGUACCGCAAUCACCUCCCAUCUUCCAGUUUCUCUGA